CACUAUUAAGCAGUCCAUCAGAAUACUUUAAAGCAUACGGUUAUAAAAACCAAAGCCCUAUAAACAUAUAAAAAAAACCAUAGAUCGAAAAGUUCUUUGAAUAAAAGUGCAAAUAUGGAGUUAUUAUAUGAAAACCAGAUUUUGAGAAUGCCACCAGGCACUGUUGAGAAUAUAAGGAAGAUUCACGAUCUAGAUAAACCUGAAAGAUUGGAUGAAGCUAUCAAGAUCCUGGAUGAUUGGAUACAGAAACAGGAGCAUUUGGUCAAGAAGGAUUUUAGCAGAAUGUACUUGGAGAAGACGUUGAUAUCAUGCAAGGGCUCCGUGGAGAAGGCGAAGAAGCAAAUAGACCGGCUGUGCACUAUGAAGACGCUAAACCCAAAAUUUUUCACAAAAACCAACGUGAAAGCGGAAUUGCAAAACGUUUUGAGAGUUGCAUCGCUGAUACCUCUGCCUACCCUAACGGAUGACUACUACCGAGUGCUGCUGGUUAAAAUAAGAAGCUUCGACUUGACUUCUGAAAGUUUCAUGUUGUACUUUCAGUAUUGUUUAAUUCUGUGCGAGUACAUCAAGGCUAAUGACUACGUGAACGGUUUCAUCAUAAUAUACGACUGCCGAGAGCUGAACAUGUUUGAUGUGGUGUCCAAAAUGAGCACUGUGGAGCUGCAGCAGUUUAUAACUAUUUUGAUUGAAGGCUACGGCGCUCGAAUGAAGAGUAUUCACAUGUUGACAAAUUCUAAAGCUAUAGAACUGAUCAUAAACACAGUGAAACAGUUUAUAAGUGAAAAGGUUGGCAACAGAAUGUAUGUACAACGUACUUUAGAAGAUUUACAUAAAGAUGUGCCUAAGAAUAUAUUGCCUGUCGAGUAUGGUGGCACUGAGAAAUCUCUGGACAUUAUGCAAGAGGAAAUGGUGAAGGAGUUGAGCAAAGAAGAAUAUGUGGACUACGUAAAAAUGAUGUUCAACGCUCGCACAGAAGAAGGGAAGAGAAACGCUGGGAAGUUCAACGAAGAAUAUCUAGGCAUGCCUGGAUCUUUCAGAGCUUUGAGUGUUGACUAAGUUGAUAUUUAUAGAUCUUUGGUCAUGUAUUUAAAGUUACUAGCUUAUUCCUAUGGCUUUGCUUGUGUUACUAUGUUUAAUAGAGAAGUUUUGAUCUGUAAAAGCGUAACACAUAACAGAUCACCACGCUUUUUAUCCAAAAAGGGUAGACAGCGGAGCUCGAUAAUCCAUGCUUUCACUGGCUUAGAAAAAUUGGAGUCUCACACCAGAAACCCAUUGCCUGUUACAUUUACAAUACAUAAGGGCUAUUAAUAUUUCACCGGGACAUCAUGGCGGCGCAACCAGUCGCCUUUACCAAUAUGCUCUAUAGUGGUUAGUCACCUGGUGUCCGGUUGGUUACGCAACCACCUUAUACAUUUUAUUGGUAACGGUGACUUUCUUUUGUUUAUAAUUCCUUUGUUUAACAUAAAAACAUUACAGUCAUUUUGUAAGAAUCAUGGUACAAAUGACUAUGCAGGCUAAAUCACCGAUAUUAAGUCUUUAAAUUAUAAAUUGGAUAAUAUUAUUAAACUUCCGUGAGGCAUACUAAAUUAUCACACUACAAGUCUCACAGUGUUUUCCUUACAAUGUAGGUACAGAUGACUGUUACACAAGUAAUCUAGUACAUUAACAUAACGCGUCUUUUAAACCAGACGCUCUUUAAAAACAAAACACCGGCAGUAGUGGCGACUGGUUGUGGAUUGGACCGCGAUGGUGUCACGGUGAAAUAUACCUACCUCUAAGACUACUUAUCUGACGAGAAAUUAGUAAAAGUAGAAUUAUUUACUAACUAAGACUGCCU